GGUUUUACAGGUACUGCGACAGUAUGUCUCCAGAAUCUUCGAAAAACAUUCAAAUAUGGAGGAAGGAAGAAUGUGCCCAGUGUAGAAGAGAUUACAGCCAUUAGUGCCGGUCGUAACUCCAAGCGCCAAAUCUAUAGGUUACCUGGUGGAACAGAGAGGGUCGUGAACACAAAAUCCACCACUGUUGUUCAGGAUGUAAUUGAGGAGCUGUGCUCUGUAAUUGGUGUGGUAGGAGGAGAGAUGGAGUUGGAAGAAUUUUCAUUGUACUGUAUAGUGGAGGGUGACACAUUCACCAUGCCAUUAGCUCGUGAAGAAUACAUCCUGGAUGUCACCACAGAACUGCAUAAAAACCAGCAGGUGUUCUACCUGAUAUUCUGUCGCUCUGUAUGGCACUUCCCUCUGCGACUUGACUCCCAGUUGUAUGUGGAGGUUGUGUUCAACCAGAUUGCACCAGACUACCUGGAAGGUUUGUUACUCAUCAUGCCAGGGGAACAGCUUGACCAGGAUGUGAUUUACGACAUUGCAAAGAUGGCAGCCUUGUUGCAUCGAGCAGCAGAUAUGACUCACGUGCCAACAAUGAAAGAGACUAAGUUUCUGCUGCCAAAGCCUGCAUUGACGGUGCGGGACGUGAAGCCAGCACAGUGGGUGAAUAUGGUUCAGAGCAAUUGGAGGGAUGUCGAGAUGCUCACCACAAUACAGUCCAAAGCUCAAGUUCUAGAUAUUUUGUCAAAGUGGCCACUCUUUGGAUCAAGUUUCUUUGCUGUGAAACGAGUCUCUGACCCAAAGGAACGUUCAGACCACAUCCUGGCACUGAACAGGCAUGGUGUACAUUUCAUAGAUCUCGUCACCCAUGAGACGCUGACUCAUUAUCCGUUCUCAGAGGUGAUCUCGACCCGAAAAGUAAAAUCGGAAGAUGGAACACUCUUCCUGGACAUGAAGUGUGGUAACCUCAUGCAACAGCGUAUCACGAGGCUACAGACAGACCAGGCUCAUGAGAUUUCACGCCUGAUCAGGCAGUACAUCACGAUGGAACAGCGCCUGCAGCACAGGUGAAACAUUAAGUCCUCUGUGUUGAAUCAAAUAGGACAUGUUUGAUGACAUAAUGGAACCGUGAAGAAUUCUGAAUGGAGAAUUUCAAAUUCAUCGCUCCUGACAUCUCUUAAUGUGGUAUAUUAAUAACAUUCAAUCCUUGAAACAUUUUAUGUUAGUAUUAAUUGCUUUCUAGAAGAGUUUUAAGAAAAUAUAGUGUAUUUUUUUCCAGCAAACAGUAACAUUUAUAUAUUAAGUAUAGUUACAUAUUUUGGUAUAGAGUAAAUACCACGAUCAGACCUAUUACUUCUUUGUGAAUCUAAAACACAGUGUUGUGCCACAAUUAAAAUUGUAGACUAAUUUCUAAUAUUUCUGCCAUUUUGAAUAUUGUUGCAUAAUAAAUCCAAUAAUUUUUUGAAGAACCAAAACAGACAAAAGUAAUUUAAAGUUUAAAGUUAAACUUUCUAACAUAAUGUAAGAAUGUCAUGAGACAGGCUUUGUUCAGGAGUUGAUAGAUGUUCGACUGAUGAAGAAGUAGCCUGUUACCACUGUCAUCAAAAGAAGGAAAAUGCCCAGUCCUGAUCUGGUUCAGUCCACUUCACAACCUGUUUCCUUAAGAUCCAUUUUAUAUUAUUCUACCAUCUUAACCUAGGUCUCUCAUGUGGCCUCUUCUCAUGAUAUUUUCCAAUCAGAAUUAAUCAUGUGUACUAUGUAACAAAAUUGGUGUUCUAUUUGAUUUGAAAUGAUGUGCUUACAGAAGAUACAAGUCAAAGACCUCAUGGUUAUUCUGAGCAACCAGUCAGAAAUCCUGUAUUGAUUCUGUUUGUUCUGUGGACCAUGCAUCCUGUGUUUAACUUUGAGUGUGUGAGUGAGAGGUGGCAAAACUUGUAUUAAUUGAUGGACUUGGCCUUGACAGUGGAGAGGCCUUGAUAUUUUUCAAAUGCUCAAAAGUUAUAUUCUAUAGUAACGAGAUAUCAGAAUAAGUACGUAAGUAUUGCAUUGAAAUGUAUUAAUAAUUAUUGUUAAAUGUGUGUAAAUAAUAUAUUAGGUUACUAACCAGUUUAGUUUUAGUACUAUGAAGUAAGUUGGAUUAUUAUGAAAUGUUUCUCGUGGGGGAAAAAGAUGAAUACAGUGGAGGUUUCAUUGUAUGUAAACUCUUGAUGUAGUGCCAGUAUUUAUGUACUGGUUUGUACAGGUAGCUUACAAAUAGAUUACAGGAUGGUAAUCACACUUAGACAACGAUUAGGCAGUUGUUUGCAUAACUUAUGCAAUAUUCAUAUCUUAAUGCAGUAAUUAUUUUUGUUUACACAUGUAAGAAGACAUCUUUUUAUGUUGAUCCAGAAUAUAUCUGUUUAUAUUAAAAAUACAAUAUUUGAACAGCAUGUAUGUUGUAGAUAAACAUAACAUCCCUGUACUAUGUUUAUUUGCCUAUACAGUAUUUUUGCCAGUUCUAAAUGGGACUUCCUACUUCUAUAAGUACUUAACAGAUGUUUUCCAUUUUAUACCCUUUUCAUAAACAAACCAAAGUUUUCUUCUGACAUUCCAGUCACUGUCUUCAUUAUUGUCUCCCUAUCAGAAUAACUAACACUUUUUGUCCUGUAUCCUACAGCCAUCCUGUUUCACAUUUUCUCUUCUCUUCUCGGAGUUACUGCUUUCAGAGCAACAUUCGAAGUAAUCUGUUAAUUUUUAUACACAUAAUUUCUUAGCUGUUUUUUAUGUGAUGCAAUGAAAUCUGCAGUUAUGUACAAGAAUUAAAAAUAAAAUUCUAUACUUAUUUUUAGGA